GCGAGGGCUAUGAGGAAUGGAUUUGGAAGACUUUCUGGAAUUCUCUCGAGAUGCAACGAGAACUGAAGCGCCUUUGCAUCCUAGACCGUAUAUAAAUAGUUUUUCUGCUUUCAAAAGAAAAGCAAAAGAAAAGUCACGCCAAAUUGCAGAGAUGCAGGGGAAGAUUGCCUCUCAUGGUGCCCUAGCGGUUGCGGCUGCGGAUCGACUUGAUGGUGAACAUGAGGCGGUCGGUGACCAAGCAAUGUGUGAUGGAAGAUGUGACCGAAACAGGAAGGCGGCGACCCAACAAAUUGCAAGCGACGCUGCAAAGUCUGGCUGACAGGUGUCGAUUCGACGGUAUACUGACCGUAUGAAUUGGAGGCGGCGGCGUUGCUAUGUUCGGCCACUUGUGGUGGCCGUGGUCUACAGCAAGAGGCGGUUGAGGGCCUACUUGGUAGUACGUGACAACGAAAAUUCUUGCCCAGUCGCCGCAAUAGGAUGGCGUCGGCUCCCGCUAUAGCACAACCGCUUGCGUGGAACGUCGGCCUUGGACUGGAGAGCGGUUCUCUAAAUUGUUUAAUCCUAG